AUGCAUCAACAAUUUAAAUAGUCCUCCAAUAAAUUCCCUCAAUAACAUUAUGCCCAUUUGACUAAAGAGACUCAUUCAAUGAUGUAGAGUGAUUGUGGCAAAGUCAGUGAUGAGCUGCACUAUGAAACAGAUGCCUAAUUCAAAAGCUUCGGAACUGGUCUGCUAAACUAGAUAAGUCCUGAUGGCAAUCAUAAUGAAAAUGACUUUAAUUCUUCAAUCAUGAUUGAUGAGGAUAUCUCACUUAAGAUCCAUUCAAACGACUUGACUCAAUAGUCGUAGAGUUCAUUUAAGACUUACAAGCAGAAGAAGAGAGUUAGUAAUUAAUAAGAAGAUGAUUAGAAUGAGGAAAGUUGCGAUUUUGAUGACAUUAAUGAAAAUGUUGUGGAGAAGUCCUUUCAAGAAAUUCAGAGGGAAUAGAGAGUAAAUAAUCAUAGAGUUCUGACAAUCUAAGACCAACAGUAGUAAAUUAAUUAAGUUGGAGGUUAGAGUGGUUUACCUCAUUUCAAUCAGUCUAACUAGAUUGAUAUGCUCUCUUCCAUCAACUCUAUAAAAUAAAGUUUUAUCACUAAAAACAAUGCCAGCAGAGAGAAUCUGUAUUAAGAGUAAAGAACUCCAUAAAAUAAGCAAAUCUUAACUAUCGGUCCUAAGUAGCCUAUGCUUAAUACCCAUAAAACCUAACUGGACUAUAAAUCCCCUCUAGAUGAGCUAUGCUAAAACUCCUAGAGAUUUAAAUAGACCUCUUAAUAACUCUCAUAGUUAUCUAAAAUUUCUAAGUAAAGCUAUCCCAAAACAAAGAAUAAAACUGAAAACAAAGCCAAAUAAUACUAUCCAAGUAAAUAUAGCAUUAAUAACAUAACUAAUAAUCUUGCAAAUAUUAGUAAUAGUAAUACUGGUAACUUUACAAGUAGAUUACAGAAGGAUCAUAGUUAAAAAUUACUUCAAACAACCUAGAUAUAGAAUACAUUUGUCAAAGAAUAGUCUAGAAAUCCAUAUAUAAAAGUAGCAUGGACUAAUGGAUAAGAGUAUCUGAAGAAACUAGGCUAAAAAACAACCACAGCCAAUCAAAGUAACCAAAAGUAGCCAAGUUGCAAUAGGUUUGAAGUUCUAUACUCAAAUAGUAAACUUGAAAAAUGGGAGCUACGAAAAAAGCAAAAAGAAGAAAAACCUUUGGAUGGUUUUGAUUAAUGUACAUUUUAACCGAUUAUUAACAGAGAUAGGUCUCUUUCUAACUUCUCUUAAAGAAGUAAAAGAACUGUAGAUGAAUUUGUAAAUGAUCAGUACAUUUAUUUGAAUAAGAUUUAGGAAAAGAUAGAUAGACAGAGAUAGUUAAAAUUUUAAGAAGAGGCUCGUAGCAUCACACCCACAAGAAUAGCUAAUUAAGAUUACAGUUCAUAAGAAACAUUUGACAGAUUGCAUCGAGAAGCUAAUUACCUCUCGAUUAAGAAAAUGUAGGAGGCUGAACAAUUGAUAAGAGAGCAAGCACCAUUCACCCCCAGUCUCGUUUCAAAAUCUAAAAAUUUGUAAAGACAAUAAGAUGUGUCCGAUAUACUAUACUAGGAUGCCAAAAGACGAAGUGUUUCUCCACUUUCAUUAGUAAAUAAUAAGGAAGAAAUGCUUAGUCCUAGUAAUUUUAAUAAGAGUUCAAUAGAAUACUUACAGAAAAAAAUUUCACUAGAAAUUGAGGAAGCCUUUUAAAAAUACAAUGGAUCUCUGACUAGUUAAAAUCAGUUCUUCAAAAUUUUAAGUGAUAUCGGAUACAUCAAAGAGCCACUUAAGAAAGAAGAUAGAGCUAGUCUGGUUGAGAUUUACGAGAUUUUAGUACUCAAAACAUCUCAAAUCAAAAGCAAUAAUUUAAAAUUAUUCAUUAUGGCUCUACAUGAUGUAUAUGUUUAGGAUAGAUCAAUUCUAACGAACGUAGAUAAACUUAACUUGCUGAAUUAAAAGUAUGGAAUGAUAGGAGAGCUUGGUCAUUUCAUUGUAAAUGAACAAAUUAAAACCAAUUUGGUCAAGAGAUUCCAAUUCAUGGUAUUAAAUCAUAAAAGCUAUUAAAAACAAAGAAAUGCCUCUAUAUCCAGAGAUCAGAGCUAAUCUAGAAAUCUUAACUUUUAGCCUGUCAUUAAUGAGAAAUCUAGAACACUUGCAAAUAAACAUAGAGAAAAUGUUUCAUAGUAAAUACAGUAGAUUUAGUAAAUAGGAAACCAGAAAUAGCAAAGUAGGAGUCAACUCAAGUUAAAUACUACCAAUUCUAACUUAAAUGAGCAGUCUCCAUCAGUCAUAUCAAAUUUUGAUAGAUUAUAUAGGCAAGCAUCACUACUACAGCUUAAGAGAUAGAGUAUAUAGGAUGAAAAACUAUCAAACGAGACAAAGAAUUGUACCUUUACACCCAGAUUAGUAGGAGAUAAGUAUAAGCAGAAUAUAAAGAUCAAUACAGCUGGAUCAACAUGUUAAACUAAGUCUAAGAUAUUCUAAAAUUACUAAAACAACAUGAUGAAGCAAAAUUAUACAAAAAUCACUGAUCUGUUCUCCUAAUAGAGUGCAAUAAAGCUGUCUACCUCUCAGUUCACAACUCCUGGAAUAUCUUCAAAACUUGAGAAACUAAACAUGAGAUAUGAUUCAAAGAAGUUCUCAGAUAAGUCUUCAGAAAUUUCUACUGCUAAUUACUAUAACUAGCCUUAAAUGAAUGGAGGAACUUCAUAUCAAAGCUUGAUAGGUCCAUCAGCAGAAGCCACUCAUUCAUAUUGUGAUAUGAGUAGCAACAACUAGUUGUAAUCUAGCUCAGCCAAAAAUAAUAAAAAGGAAAAAAAGAAGGUAUCCUACCAGAUUUAGAGUGAAAGCGAGGAAGAAGAGGAACCAAUACUCUAUGCAAAUAUUCAUAUAGGGACUGAUAAUUAGACAGCUAAGUUAGUAUUGUAUGAGAAGGAUGAUCCACUUGUCAUAGUCAAACAGUUUUGUCUAAAACAUCGUAAGUUAAAAAUUUGA